CAGUCACGGUGCAUGGUCACUCUCUCUGCACGUUCUCUUGCUCGUCUCUUCCUUGGCUCUAUCGUCACUCUCUCUCUCUCUCUCUCUCUCUCUCUCUGUAUAUAUAAUAGAGUGGAGGAGGAGAGAGAGGAAGUGAGUGUGAGUGUGUGAGUUAUGGACGUCUAUGGAUUAUCAUCGCCGGAGAUGAUUCGAGUCGACGACCUUCUCGACUUCUCCGACAUGAACGACGACAUCUUCUCCUCCUCCACCGACGCCACCGCCUCUUCCUCCUCCUUUCCGCCGCAUAAUUCCUUCGCCCACAAUUUCCCCUCCGCCUCCUCCUCUUCCCCUUUCCUCACCGAUUUCACCCACGAUCUCUGCGUUCCGAGUGACGAUGCAGCUCAGCUCGAAUGGCUGUCGCAGUUCGUCGACGACUCCUUCUCCGAUUUUCCGGCGAACCCAUUAGGAGAAGCCAUGAUUAACGUCAGACCCGACUCGUCAUUUCCCGGGAAGCCACGGAGCACGCGAUCUAGACCCACCGCCGGGACCUGGCGAGCGAUGCCAGAUUCCGAAGGCCGCGCCGCCGGAAGGGCUAAACCGAUGAAGGAAGGAGGAGGAAGGAAUAUCUCCGGAGAAAUAGCCGGAGGAGCGAGGCGGUGCACGCAUUGCGCGUCGGAGAAGACGCCGCAGUGGAGGACGGGACCACUGGGUCCGAAGACGCUGUGCAACGCGUGUGGGGUCCGCUACAAGUCCGGUAGGCUCGUGCCGGAGUACAGACCGGCGGCAAGUCCAACGUUCGUGCUGACUCAGCACUCGAACUCUCACCGGAAAGUGAUGGAGCUCCGGCGACAGAAGGAGGAGUUCACGAGACAACAUCAUCUUCAACUUCAGCAAACACCGUUUCAGCCGCAGUAGCAGCUUUGCGUUUGCGAUUGGGGUGGAGGGUUUGGAUCAUGAGAUUGAUGACGUGUCGCGAUAAUCACGUGACCGAGGAGCUAAUGUUAAACAGUAAAAACUCCUCGUUGAUUAAAUUAAAAUUUUGGUUACCCUUUUCUCUCCCAACGUUAUAUCAUCCAAUUUGUUUUUUUACUCGAACGAGACAACGAAGUAGAGGGAGAAAAAAAGGCGGCAUUUAAUUUCCUUGUUAACUUUCAUCAGUUUGCGUCAGUUAUUUUGAAGCCUAACUCUCAA